GCAGCCAUUGCUCCUAUCGCUUUACUACCUUUCUUCGAAGCCGACACCUGCCUGCCCGCUUGCGUGCAUAAUAAAGCUCGCUCGGAAACCAGGGUACAAGGCGGGGGAAUAAUAAUAAUAAAAAUGGCCCUUCGAAGCAUUGUUGCGAACUGCGUCGGUCGCACCGCAGCCGGCAGCCGGCUCGCCUUGCUCGCCAGCACCACCACUGGAAGCACGGCCACAGGCGCAGGCGAAGUUGCGGGUGCAGGUCCAUCCGUCGCCUCGCACCGAAGGUCUCUCUCUUACAGCCAAUGCCGGGCACGCGCCGUUCCUGCAGCGUUGGAGGGCGUCUCACAGGCAACUUACGACAGCUCGGCUGCGGAUGCCGCUUAUCAGCCCGCAGCUCCCGCGCGUCCUUCCCCUCCUGCUACUGCUGUCGCCGAUGGAGUCAGCCGUCACGACUGGACACGCGAGCAGGUGGCGGAAAUCUACAACGCGCCACUGCUCGAACUCGUCUUCCGCGCGUCGAGCGUGCACCGGCAGCACCACCCGGCCGGCUCCGUGCAGCUGUGCACCCUGAUGAACAUCAAGGAGGGCGGCUGCUCCGAGGACUGUGGUUACUGCUCCCAGUCGUCGCGCUAUACAACGCCCUCAACGCCUUCCAAGCUUAGCGACCUCGACCAAGUCCUCGCUGAGGCGCGCAAGGCGAAGGAGAACGGCAGCACGCGUUUCUGCAUGGGUGCCGCCUGGCGCGAGGUUGGUGGGCGCAAGCGUGGCUUUGGACGCAUCCUUCAAAUGGUCUCCGAGAUCCGCGGUAUGGGCAUGGAGGUCUGCACGACGCUCGGAAUGCUCACCCCCGAGCAGGCCAAGCAACUCAAGGCCGCCGGCCUUACCGCGUACAACCACAACCUCGACACUAGCAGAGAGUACUAUGGCAAGGUUGUCACGACCCGCUCCUACGACGACCGUAUCGGCACCCUCGCCAACGUCCGCGAUGCCGGCAUAUCUGUCUGCUCCGGCGGCAUCCUCGGCCUCGGAGAGCAGGAAGAGGACCGCGUCGGCUUGAUCUGGGAGAUGUCCAGGCUGCCCGAGCACCCAGAGUCAUUCCCGGUGAAUGCCCUCGUUGCGAUCCCAGGCACGCCUAUGGAGGACAACAAGCCCGUCGACUUCCGCACGAUGUUGCGCACGAUCGCGACAGCACGUUUGGUGCUGCCCACGUCGAUCAUCCGCCUCGCGGCCGGGAGGCAUCUGUUCAGCGAGUCCGAGCAGGCCUUCGCCUUCCUCGCCGGCGCCAACGCCAUCUUCACCGGCCACAAGAUGCUCACGACGCCCACGAGCGGAUGGGACGAGGACAAGAUGAUGCUCGCACGCUGGGGGCUCAGGGGAAUGGGUAGCUUCGAGGAGAAGCGUAUGCGCACACACGCGGACGCGCAGAGCGACUCCGUGGCACCCGUCACAGCUGAAGAGAACCUGAUGCACGUGCAACAGCAGAACGGCCUCGGGCUCAAGCCCGACUCGGUCGGCGUCGCAGGCUUAGCCUGAGCAUAAGCAGGGCAGGAGAAUACGUUCUGGAAUCGGCGCAUGGGCGCUACGUUGUGCGCACUGUAUCAUCGUAUCAUCCAAAAGCAAACCUUCUAGAGCUAC